AUGUUCCUCGCGCUCCUCCUCGCUAGUGGAUCGAGCAUUGACGAAAGCGGACUCGCCAACCAGGUGAGGCAACGGGCAGCGGCGCUUCUCUCUUGCUGCCAUCUGUGCUGCAACACGACGUCGCUCGUCGCUGGAGUGACAGCGCCAAAAGCAUGGCCAAAGCGGGGCGGUGGGAACUGGCGGGACCUCUUGUUGCCCAUCUCCAGGACACUUGAUGACGCAUCGCUGCUCGUGGAUGGGGACGUCUACAUCUUCGGGGUUGCAGCUGGGAGGUCCCUCCUGAGCUGGCGAGACAUCCUGCUCCGCAACGAGGUGCGAACCUGGGGGGCGAGAAAGGGCACCUCCGUAGCUCCGCCGUUGCGCUCGCCACCCGAGAAGUGGUAUGGAUUCGACUCCUUUGCGGGCUUGCCGGAGACGAAUCGCGACGAGAAGCUUGCGGGAUGGCGCAGAGGCAGCUAUCGUAAUACACAACAAGGGCCUCGCGAGAUUGCGCGCAGAUACUUCAACGAGGACGACCGGCGCUCCUCUGGUAUUCCGUUCAAGGUCUCGCUCGAGCUUAUCCCAGGCUUCUACAAUGAUUCGCUGACUACCGGCAUCAUCGCGCAGUUUGACAUGAGGCGAGCAACGUUUGUGGAGAUCGACUGCGAUCUGUACGUAUCGUCUGUGCAGGCUUUGGACUUCAUGUUUCGCAACCGGCUGAUCGUCAGUGGCACUCUCAUAGGCUAUGACGAUUGGUGGGUGGUCCCUUGCGUCGCCAAAAGCCGCUGGAUAUCAGCUCUUGAGGUCGGCGAGGGGUUGGCCCACGCGGAGAUGGCAAAGCGCUACGAUGUCGAGUUCAUCUGCUUGGCGGGUCCCUGCAAGUUCCCCUCAGGUUCGUCAUGGCCUAACAUGCAUGCGCACCGCGGCGCCUGGGGCGCCAUCUUUCUCGUCGCGUCUAUUGGCGCGGGGAAGGGUAGCCCAGGCUUCAUGUCGCCGCGUGAAGAGCUCGCCUUCCGAUCGUCGCAGUACUCUUGCGGCUAUUAG